AUGUCCACACGUGAAUAGUGAGCAUGGAAGCAAUGUGGGCAGAUGUACUGCUCUCGAGCUGCGGGGACCAAGCCGCCCUCAUUAGUAAACUGAGCUCAUGGGACGUGACCCGAUCUAGCCCUACACCCGAGAGCCUGGAACUGCUGCGCUUGGUGUUAGAGAGACUGGCGGCUGAUGGGCGCACUCUGCCAUCCCCGGUAUCCGGCACUGUCACCGAGCUGGCACUCGGGCGCUGCCUGCCCUUAUUGAGCUCUUUACAGGGAAAUGAUCAGAGGCCAUGUGAUGUCACGCGAAUGACUAGAAGUAUUUGUGGGGUGUUACGUCAUUGCGCUGAAAUUGCCGGGCGACAGGUGGCUGAAAAGGCAUGCCAACUAGCUCUGCACAGUCUGCAGGGUCAAUGGAAAGAAACCCAGAGCAAAACUUUACCCGACGGUGAAGGAAACAAAGGGACUAUUGGGUCACCCCAACAACUAGAGAGAUGGAGGAGCUCAGCCACAGAGCUAGGGACCAUGGCGAUGUCUGUGGAAGAAGCUAUAGAGGUCCUGGGGGCUGUAGUUCCCACCCUCAUCCUGCUUUCUGCAGGGGACUGUGCCCAUGAGAUGGAGCAGCUGGUUUACACAGCUGUGACUCUGCUUAGGGAUGGCACAGAUGAAGCUUCUAAUUUGCUGUGUGGAAGGUUGUUGCCAUGCCUGGCUGCUAAUAGCAAGAGCUUGAAUCAACUUCUGGACAGGAUGAUAGGGGAUUCAGUGUUGCAGAAUGGUACAAGUGCAUCUUUGAGUCGCAGGGUAUUGGUGUUGUGUACCCUGGCAGACGAGCUCUUCGCCCAAGGAUGUGGAGUUGGGCUUGGGUUCCAAUCUUGGUGCUCCAUUGGAUUCUGGAAAUCUGUUCAGGAUGGAUUAACCUGGCAUGAGAGUCUUACCCGUAAAAGAUCAUUAUAUCUGCUAAAAAGAGCCCUGGAUUGGUGUCAGCUGAAUGGUCAGGAAUUAUCAUGCAGUACCAGAGGAAUUAGUGAUGGAGAACCUGCAUUGUUCUUCUGGUCAACUCAGCAGCAUCAGCGACUCAUAGAAUAUUGGGAAAAUUUUAUAUUGGUUAUGGAAACCUUAGAAGGCAAUCAGAUUCACGUAAUCAAGCCAGUUAUACCAAAGUUGAAUAUCCUUUUCGAUUUUGCAGUCUCAGAUACUGGAGAUAUUUGGUUGUUAAACCCGUCUUGGCUCAUGUGCAUUUAUAAAAGAAUGUUUGAAAGUGAAAACAAAACUUUAUCUAAAGAAGGCAUCAUUCACCUACUAGAUAUGUUUUGUGAACGAUCUCUUCCUGGAUCACCAGUAUGUUUAGAGUUUAUCAUUGGGCCACUUAUGGAUGCUGUGUCGGAGAGUGCCAUUUUUAGUAGGUCUACAGGUCAGUUAAGUGGCGCCUGUCCUCUUUUGGCGAUGAAGUUUGAGACCUUUUUGGCUACUUUUGUAUCAUCACUUUCAGAAGAAAACAAAGGUGAUUUCCUUUUGAAACUUUUAAAAAGGAUGACAAGCAGAAACUGGUGUGCAGUUCCAAUUUUGUUCAUAUCUAAAGCUCUGGGAGCUCUUCCUCAAUGUAGAGCCUGGGGUGCGGAAGGUCUUCUUCUGCUGAGGGAAGUUCUCCAGUGUACUAUGACCACACAUCAAAUUCUUUUUCGUGGAGCUGCCCAGUGUUUUCUUCUUCAAGCUGCUUUGAAGUUAACCGAUGUUGAAAAAGUGUCUUUUUCGGAUAUUUCAAUUUUCCUUAUGUACCUAAAAUCAGAGGAAUCGUUAUGCAAAGGAAGUCAUCUUUGGAAUGAGCUUUGUACUUGGCUUUGUAACAAUGACAAAUUGUUCAAAAAGAGUAUAGAAAUUGAAUGUGCUACUGAUAAAAAGAGAUCUUCAUUAAGUAUGUUCACUCAGUCUUUAGCUGAAGACUACCUUAAAGUGCCACCUUCUAAAGGAGAUAAUGAGCUCAUGCCAGAUUGGUUUGAAUCCAGACUUGUUGCUACAAUGAUUCUUUUGGCUGCUGAUGUUGAAAUCCUGAGGCAUUCAAAGACAGACGGAGCUACAAACGAGUUAACUGAAAUGAAAUGUUUUCUAAUUCCACUUUUGGAAACACUGUCUAAGCUCAACACUAAUGCUUACAUGCCAACACUGAAAACAGACAAAAGUUUACAGUUACUUUUGAAACUGUUGCAGUUAUGCUCACCAAGCUCUGUUCCAAAUGUUUCAGAUUGGCAUCUCGAUUUACUCUGGAAUUCCGUAAUGACUGCAGCCUCAAACAUUAUGGAGUUUAUAUUGAGAAGGAUAAGUGGUGAGCUAAAAGCUAUUGUAGACAUACAGCGUUGUGAUUUAUAUCUUGCAAUACUUUCUGAGUUCGCAAAAUUAUCCCUAAGACUUGGUUGGAAAAUAAAUCCUUCAGUAUGGAGCUUUGCCUUUUCUAUGAUGACUGCAUCAAUCAAAAAUCUUCAGCAUUGUAAUGACAAGCAAUAUCCAGAUAUUACAGAUCAAGUCCAAAAGGUGGUCAGUAUGGCUGUUUUGGCUUUGGUGUGCCAGAUUGCUUCAAGUGCUCAUGAACAUCAGCUGGAGACCUUUGAUUUUGCCAAUGUGCUUUGCAAGUUCUUGGUUUCUGCACAGCUCAAUAACGUCCUUGCAAAGCCUACAAAUAAUGAUGAAAGAUUUGUGGAUGAAACCAGUUCUCAGGGAUGGGGUAAAAUCGUUGCUCGCUAUCUACAUGAUCAAUGGGUCUGCAUGCACUUUGUUCUCAAGCAUCUCAAUAACUUUUCCACAUUGGAGAGUGUAAAAUCGUCUGUCCUGGCUUGCCAUUUUGAUACACCGACUGCAACUCUGCAACUAGCUCUUGAUGCUCUCUCCAUUAUCCCAUCUGAUCAAGCCUUGCCAAUUUUAAAUUGCAUGAAACAACUUGUACCAACGGUAACCCUUUCUUCAGAAAGCUUAUGUGUGGAGUCUAUUAACGUAGCUUGGAAAAUGAUUUCCUCAUUGUGUUCAACACAGUUGGUAUUUUGGCCAAAUUUAAAAGCUUUUGUUGAAUUUGUCUUCAGUAAUGAAGUCCUCUCAUCUGCAGCUUCCAGUAAGGAUCAAAUGUUUGCCCAGAUUAAAAAGCUCAUACAAGAAAUAGUUGAGAUGUCCUGUUCAAAAAUGGGAGUUUUCCAAGUUUUGGUCUCUUUCUGCUGUCAGUUGUGGACUGAUCAAUCUAAAAGGUCUAUUAAGGAAAGUGCAUUAUGUUAUGCAAAGGACUACAUUGAAAUUCUCAUUGAAGCAUGCACAUUUGGAACGGUGUUCCGAAGAGAUCAACGGUUGAUUCAGGAUAUUCAUAUCUUUAUUGAAAGUCUGGGAAAGGAUUGUGCUGCAAACCUUGUUGUAAAGAGCAUUAACAGAGAUGAGCACUAUGUGAGAACCACUGCCAUUGGUUUCCUUUGCUUGUUGGAUGGAUCAAAUUCCCUUCACAGGGAAUUCCUUGAAGACUUUAUUGUUCGUCUACUGGAUAAGGAUGAGCUUGUUUCUAAAACUAAAACAAGGUAUUAUGGAAAUUCUUUACAACAUAGAGUGAAAAAUCGUGUGUGGCAAACAAUAUUGAUUCUUAUUACUAAACUUCAUCAGAAUUUUGUAUCUGGGAUCAUUAAAAGGAUUUUCCAAGCUGGAUUCAGUAACAAUCAAGCUUCUGUAAAAUACUUAAUAGAAUGGGUUAUUAUACUAGUUCUUCAUCAGCAUCCUGAGUUGCUUCAUCAAUUCUGGAAUUGCUUUUGCAAUACUGAAGAAAAACUUAAAACAAGUGUUUGCACAUUUUUGUCUGUGUUGCCUCACUUUGACGUGGUUCUUGAAAAUGUUUCAGAUAAGGUACCAUGUUUGAAACAUGCUAUUGUGACUGUUCUUCAGUGGUGUUUUAAUCACAACUUCAGUGUCCGGCUUUAUGCAUUAAUAGCACUAAAGAAGCUUUGGCCUAUGUGCAAAGAAUAUACCCAAGAAUUUGAGGCAUUGUCCCCUGUUAUUGAGUCUAGUCUUCAUCAGCUGGAAAGUCUGCAAGGUGGAGGUAAUGCAAGGAAAAACUGGCUACGAAUACAGGAGCAUUUUUUUUUCUCCACAUUUCAUCCUAUUAAGGACUACAGUAUAGAGACUAUUUUCUACACGCUUCCAAGCUUAUCAGAGUUGAUUGAAGAUGAGUGGAUUCCAUGCUACAAAUUUUCUGACUGUGGAAGCUUUCAUUGGAAUACUUUAUUUCCACUGACCAAUUCCAGAACCAUGAUUUCUAACCAAAACCAGAGUGAUUGGUUACAGCAAGAUAUCGGUGUUGAAAUAAACGAAAUGGACAGUACUACAGAAUGGGCAGAUAUCCAGAAAAAAAUUAUUCCCUGGAAAAACAGUAUACCUGACUUGAAUUUAGAAAUAUUUCAACAUCGUGCCGCUAAGCUCGGAAAGUCAAGUGGCAGUUUAAUUGUUGUGGCAUCUCUGAUUGAUAAACCAACUAACUUAGGAGGUUUAUGUCGUACAUGCGAAAUAUUUGGUGCUUCAGCAUUGGUUGUAGAUGGCCUACAUCAUGUGAAUGAUAAACAGUUUCAGUACCUUAGUGUGUCUGCAGAACAGUGGCUUCCUCUAAUAGAGAAAAAGCCAUCACAACUCCUAGGAUAUUUGCAACUGAAAAAAACACAGGGAUACACAAUAAUAGGAGCUGAGCAAACUGCGAAAAGUUUAAACCUCACUGAAUAUAAUUUUCCAGAGAAAUCAUUACUGCUUCUUGGAAAUGAACGAGAAGGUAUUCCUGCCAACCUCAUUCAGCACCUUGAUGUUUGUGUAGAAAUUCCUCAACAAGGCAUAAUUAGAUCACUUAAUGUCCAUGUGAGUGGUGCGGUCUUGAUUUGGGAAUACACGAGGCAGCAUAUUCUGAAGCAGAAAAAAUAGAAACAA